AUGGCCGCCCCUGUCUCUGCCGUCAACCCAUCGCGGCUGGCUGCCCUCACACGUCUGCGAUGCGCUGUAUUCCAAACCUCGUAUAACCCUACAGGCGUCCGGACUGGCGCGAAGUACCUUCGUGCGCGCCUGCGCGGCCCCUCGAUGGCCGAAUACUAUCCGCCGGUAUUGACCGUCGCCAAGUUCAACCGCAUGUCCCACGGAGAGUUCAAGAUUGACGACCGGCAUGAGGCGCAGAGGCUGGCGGACAUAGAGGAGGCGAAGAGACGAGGAAAGGGCGCGCCAAAGAAGGCGAAGUCCGCUGCCGACAGUCGCAGGGCAGGCAGGAGAAGAUAG